UUCUAGCAUUCAUUUUAUAAAAAUUCUCGAACUUCUCUAACGUUUGCCAAAUAAGCUAAAUAUAUUUUCAUGUAUUUCAGUAUUUGCAAAUAUCGUUUACAAUCAUAAAGUAAAAUAUAAUUAAAAUAUUAUAUAUAUUUACAAUUAAAUAUUUAUUUCAUGUAUCGCCGGCAUAUGAGAAUGGUUCUUGCCAGAGACUUAGAGUCAAACAGAUCGAAAAGUGAAUUUGUACAUCGCAUCGCUAGCAUUCCAGUUGUUUAUUUAGCAUGGAAUAUUGCUGCUGAAACAUACAAUAAUGUAAAGUCAUCUAAUAAAAUUUUAAAAGUGUCAUUAAAUACUACAGAAAAAGCUGCUUAUUUCAUAUCAGAACCUGUUCUAAGAAGAUUUAAAAGACAAUUAAAAUCUGCAGAUUAUAUUGCAUGCAGAGGAUUAGAAACAUUACAAGGAAUUGUUCCUAGUAUUCUCUAUCAAAGAGAAAAGAUAAUUAGGCAAACAAAGAAUGUCUAUGAUGACACUGUGGAAAGUGGACUCAAGAAAUAUCAAGUUGUUAAAAAAAUUAGUACAUCUAAACUAGUGGACAUAGUGAAUGAUGGAACUGAAAAGCUUGAAGAAUUUCUUGCUUCCCCAUAUGGAGAAGUUUGUGAUAUAGCCUUAGAUUUUGUUCUAGAUGUGGGAGAAAUGUACGUUGACCAUUUUUUGCCUCCUCUAGGAGAUGAAAGACCAGAGAAACUGUUUGGUGACAGAGCUAAGGAGCCAUUUUCUAAGAGGACAGAACUUCUGAAAAACAGAGUGAAAGAAAGACUAUACAAACAUUCUUUACUGAAAAUUCAGACAAUCAGACUCAGAACGAAACUUUUUGUUAUCAAAAUUUAUCGCAUUAAUCCUUAUAAGUAUGUUGUAGAAACAUCAAGUGCUAUCCCUGAAAUGUUAUAUUCUACAGUUGUUCAAAUUUUCACCAACUUUGAAAAUUUGGUUUUAUAUCUUGUCUACCUGCUUAAAGGGCAUCAACAAGAAAGUAUUGUUUAAUAUAAAGAUGGCAAAUUCAAAUUCUGUUGGUAUUCUUUAAUACAGGAAUAAUCUAUUUCCUUGUGCAGUUAUCUACAUCAAAAUUCCUUUUUAUGAUAUUUACCACAGAUCUACAGGCUCUUAUAUUUUGUGUAUUUUUUACAUGCAGUUUUAAUUUGUAAUUAAAGUAUUUUUUUUUAAUUUCUACUUAAAUUUUUUAAAAGAAAGAAUCUUAUUUUAUUAUUUUUUGUAAAUUGUUUUUAAAUAUUUGAUUGUUUUGUAUCAUAUUCAUUAUCAGUUGUAUUUUAAGCAUCAAUUUUUUUGAUUUUUAUUUAUUGUCAACAUAUUUAAUACUCACUUUUUUGUGCAAUGUUCUCUAAAAUAAGGCAAAAAUAUUGCUAUCUGAUAUUGUUAUUGUUAUCAAAAAUGUCUGACAAUCAAUUAUUAUUUUUUGAAUUUCUUUAUUUUUCUUAUCUUAAUCUUAAUUACCUAAUUAAAAUCAUAAUUACCUUAACUUUACUCUAAUUAAAUUUAUUAUUUAUUUUUAUACAAAAAACUUAUGUUCUUUGAUGAAAAAAAUCUGUGUAUUUUACCAUGUAAAAUACAUUUUGAUUUUGAUAUUUAAUGAGAGAUUCAGAUAAUCUAUAUU